AUGGUAACGGGACACAUGUUCUCCCGCAACGCCACCACCAUGGAACCUGGGGACCUCGCCAUUAUCCCUCCUCCAUUGCAAAAGGGCUUGGAUUUGCCACUUCAUUUCACUUAUAAGGGAUGUGCCAAGUACAAUGAAUGUCUCGACGGCUAUUAUAGUUUGACUUCCGCAAAUACUAAAUCCUUCCAGGUGAAAAUUGAAUGCUGCCACACUGAUGAGUGUAACGCACAAGAUCUCCAUUUGCCAGAUCGUAACAGUCAACCACUUAAUGGGGUUCAAUGCCCAGUCUGCUUUGCAGAAGAUGCAGAUUAUUGCGACAGCCAGGGGAAAACCAUCCAAUGCCGUGGCAUUGAGAAUGAAUGUGUUGAUUAUACCCUUGACUUCAGUCCACUUGGAUUACAUCCCAUGACCUUUACAGCAAAAGGAUGUGCAAACAGCCAAGUAUGUUCCUUCCCCACUGGAAAUACAACAGUAGCUAAUGGUUUGGUGAAAUUAAUGAUCUACCAACUGCAAUGCCAAGGUGUCAAGGGAUCAUCCAAGCAGCCCAAAGAUGAGAUGUAGAUGGAAAAGAACAA